AUGGCUAACUUUGAAUGUGCUGGGUGCCCUAACGCACUGGAUAACUCCAUGUCAUUGCAAUGUCACCGAUGCAAUGACAAAUAUCAUGUAGCAUGCACGCGAAUCACAAUGCAAGAUUUUAACGUGAUGAGCUCGGAAAUGAAGAGUUUAUGGAUAUGUGACGUUUGCAGGUGUAAACAACCAAGAGGUGAUCAUUACAACACUCCAGCUCGAAACUCACCGGUGGAAAUAGAAUUCGUAACUCAACGUGUAAAAAGUCGUUCUAAUUGCUCCUGUUUAUCGGCUAGUAAUAUACGUGAAAUAAUUAGAGAGGAAUUGCGCAACAUUUUUAGUAAAGAUUUACAUCCUAAAAUUCACGAAAUAAAAAAUACACUUGCCUCAUUUGAAACUUCUUUGUCGUCGUUAAACCAAGAUAUAGAUAAAAUUAAAUCCGAUCAUGCUAACCAAUCUGCACAAAUGCAACACAUUACUAAGGAGAACGAAACUCUGCGUGCAGCUAACAAGAGUAUCAUAACUCGUCUUACGCAACUUGAACAGCAGACACGAGCUUUAAAUAUUGAGAUCCAAUGUGUUCCAGAGAAUAGACAAGAGAAUUUAGUUAACACAGUACAACAACUAAGCAAUAUCAUAAAAUGUCCUAUAGCCCCAGAAAAUAUAUAUUUUUGUGCAAGACUAGCGAAAAUGAAUACUAGAAGCCCUCGACCGAGAUCGAUAUUAGUAAAGUUCAGUAGUCCAAGACUACGUGACGAAUUUUUAGCAGCUACCAUCAAAUAUAAUAAAAAAAAAGAGUACGGAUAA